UCACUUUCGGUGGCGACUUCCCCUCUCUGAGGCUCCCCAGUGUGAUCGGGAGCCAGUGUCUGGGGGUUGAUGGCGAUCAACUAUAAUGCGAAGGAUGAGGUGGACGGCGGACAUGGGUCGAACCUAGUGAUGGGAGGCCAUUCGGGGACGGGGAAUGCGAUUGGAGGUGGCGGGCCAAAGAGCAGACGACCGGACAACACGGCCUUCAAGCAGCAGCGACUCCCCGCCUGGCAGCCCAUCCUGACGGCUGGCACUGUACUACCGGCCUUCUUCGUCGUUGGCCUCAUCUUCAUUCCCAUCGGCAUUGGCGUCUUCGUCACCUCCAACAACAUCCGUGAGUUUGAGAUUGACUAUACCGGAACAGAUGUUAAUGAUUCCUGCAAUAAGUGUUUGUUCUGGAACGAUACAAAACCCUGCAUUUGUGAGAUACACUUCACAUUGGAACAGCCAUUUGAGGGACAUGUAUUUAUGUAUUAUGGACUGUCUAAUUUCUAUCAGAAUCAUCGUCGCUAUGUGAAAUCUCGAGAUGACAGUCAACUUAAUGGGGAUAUUACCGCCUUAAGAAAUCCCAGUAAGGAAUGUGAGCCCUAUCGCAGGGAUGAAGAUAUACCAAUUGCUCCUUGUGGAGCUAUUGCCAACAGUAUGUUUAAUGAUACAUUAGAAUUGUUUCAGAUGAAUGGAACCACACCUAUACCUAUUGCUCUACAUAAGAAAGGCAUUGCUUGGUGGACAGACAAAAAUGUGAAAUUCAGAAAUCCACCUGGAGAAAAUCUGACUGAAACUUUUGCAGGUACUGCAAAGCCUAGAAACUGGCCCAAACCAGUGUAUAUGUUGGAUAAAGAUGAAGAAAACAAUGGAUUCAUAAAUGAAGAUUUUAUCGUAUGGAUGCGUACUGCAGCAUUACCUACUUUUCGGAAACUUUAUCGCCUGAUAGAGCGAAAGAAUGGAUUACAUCCAACUUUACCUGUUGGACAAUACCUUUUGAAAAUCACAUACAAUUAUCCAGUACAUACUUUUGAUGGACGAAAACGGAUGAUCUUGAGCACCAUUUCAUGGAUGGGAGGAAAAAAUCCAUUUUUGGGUAUUGCUUACAUCACUGUUGGAUCUAUCUGCUUCCUUUUUGGAGUUGUACUGCUAGUAAUUCAUCAUAAAUAUGGAAACAGAAAUAAUAGUGCUGACAUUCCCAAUUAAUUUUGUAUUCUGAAAAGAAAUCUGCAUGUGCGUCAAGGCCAGUCCAACCCAGCCUCCCUGUUGAAUGCUAAGUGUCUGGUUAGUAUGUCAUUUCUGAAGCUGGCUGCAUAACUCUUAUUUCCCCCUAAUUUUUAAAAUAGCCUUGUCCUAUGCUUCGUCAACGUGGAUGACUUGUGAAAAUAUGACGGGUAUCUCAACAGAAACUAGCUGUAGCUAUAUUGAUCAUAUCAACACUGUGACUGCUAAAAUGGCUUUUUAUGUUUGCUUUUUAUUGGCUAGGCCACAUGUUGUAUACAACCUCUUUCCUUUGUUAUGUAUCUGCUGCUUUAAUGUUUGUGCUCUGUGGGUAAUAUUAUAUACAUAUGUAAAGCUGUAUAAGUAUGCUUGUAUGAAGAAAAGGAUGACAAGAUGUAUAAGAAUAUAUUAUGACUUUAGUAUCUUUUCGGGAAUUGAAAGAUUAUGAGAAGAUAAACAGAGAUAGAUCUAAAUAAAACAUUUCUUCUCUUUUGUAUGUUGUGUGUAUAGGCUUCAAGUACAAUCUUUGUUAAGGUGGAUAAUAUAUUCAAUUUAUCCAGUAGAGACUUAAGUCAAGCCUAGCUCUAAUGUAAUAGGACAUAUUUAACAUAUAUAGCAUAGGAAUAAAUGAUUCGUGACAUCUAAAGAGAUAUGGUCACUUACCUUCUGGAUAGAAUUUAAAAUUUUAAUUUCCAUUUGUUUAAGUCAGUACAGCCAGGUGUUCCAGCUAACUAAAUGUUUCACAUUGUGGUCAUUUCCCUUCGAGCUUCCUCUUCACGAGAGAAGAAAGAAGAGAAGCUGAAAGGGGAAAUAAGUACUCUUUGGUAGCAGAGCUAUACCUUCUGUCUGAGGAAAAACCAGGUUUAAGUACUCAAAAGUGGUUAAGAUUUCAUUACAGGGGAUGUUUAGCAUUGAGAAAUUUGCCUCACCAUUGAACUCUCUCAAACUAAGUUUAUUUUUACAGGUAAGUGUUUUGACUUGUAUAAUAAAGCUGUAGUCCAGAACACAUUAAGAAUAUUAAUCCUUUUACCUAGGAAUUAUUCCAAUUUCAUAGUUGUGAAGUAUGAGUGUAUGUUCAACCUCUUGUGUAAUUAUAGAUGCCAAUUCCUUUGAUUGGAUUUCCUAGGAGUAAACUUUAAAAAAAUUUCUUUAAAACUGACUGAUUAAAUUCUGAGGAAGAUUAUGCAUAUAAUAAAUUAUAAUGUAUAUGGUGGAGGUUAUUUUAUAUGCAGCUAUCUUGGUAAAUUAUACAUAUUCAAUAUUAAAUAAAUGCUGUAAUUUGUUAAUGAAACUUAUCUUGAAGUGAAUGUAAAGUUAUUUUCUACAUGCAUGAAAAUGUAUGUUUUAAUUAAUAAGAAAAGAUGGCUUAAUUAAACUCAUUCUGUUUUUGUUUACUAAAUUUAAUCUAUAUAUAUCUGUACAUUUAUAUAAAAAAAAGGUAUGUUUAUUCUGAAGUGGUUUAUCCCAUGGUUAUGUUUUAAAUCAAAAGUCUGGGUAUUUUAGUUUUCAUUAAAUGUAUGCUCAUUCAAGAAUAUAAUGAUUGAUAGUAUAAAAGAUGCCACACAUCUUAAUAUUUUAUAUAAAUUCACAAUUAGAUUUCAUGAGUCAUACACUGACCUGAUUCAUUCAUAAGAAAAUGAUUUGCAUGGCAUCCUUAACAUGUGACUAUCACGGAAUCUUUCAAAUAUCUGACUUUAGCUAUAUGAGGUGUUCUUUAUAUGGAAGCCUUAAAAAAAAAAAGUUCCCCAGAUUUUGUCACUUGUCUUCAUCGUUUGGAACAUCCCACAUGAUAAGUUAUGCCCUAUAAAUUAACAUUAAUAAGGGAUUCUUUCUUUCUUACUUGUACAAAUUGAUAGCAAGAAAAAAUAUCUUCCAUCUUUUACUCUAAUCUGAGGGACUAGGGUGCCAUUAAAAGACAAAUAAAGAGUUUUUCCAUAAAUGUCUAAUAUAUAUUGAAGAUGAAAUCCCAAAAUGGCUCUGAAGUUUAUUCAUUUUACUGAUAGAUUUUAGUCCUUAAUCCUCUUUUAUCUCCUCUACCCUUCAUCUCUCCCUUUGAGCCAUAUACAAAAUUAUUGUUGCCUAAAUCUAAUGAAUAUGUAAUAUUUAUUUGGUUUCUGUGAAGGAUAAGGGAAUAGAAAUAUCUUUUUCUUAAAAGUUUUAUGCCUGUUUUGGGGCAUUCUGCUUUCAAAAAAUUAAACUUAAUUUUAAGGCACCUAAUUAGGCUGGGGAAGAUUAAUAAAUAUAUUAUAGAUUGUGUGUAAACUUGCAGGAAAUAUUUUGAAGUGUUACAAGGUUUCCCAUUUUAAGUAGUUAUGCAGUAAAUAAAGGCUUAAGAAAUUUCAUUUAAAUCAUAAAGCAGGUUUUUUUAAAAAAUUGGAAAAUUAUUGUAUAUUACUUAGUAGAGGAAUACCUAACCAAAGGGAGAGUUAAGUUGGAAUAUAAUUUGUUUAUUGACUGGUGAUGAAAUUUCUUUGUAUUUUUGAGAGAUUACUUUGUUAGCAUCUGUUACAGCUUAAUAAAAACAAACUGGAUUUAC